UCACGUCAGAAAUAUCGCGAGAACUGAAAUCCGGAAAUGAUAAACUUUGUAAAUAAACAACUUUUGCCAGUCUAAAUAUGCCAUUUAUUGUGCAAUUUGUAACGUUGAUAGCUCUAUUGAUAUGUGAUAAAAGUUCUGGUUUCAUCAAUAAAGAAAUAUUUCUUACCCUUGGAGAAUCAGUAACUGUAGAACUAGAAGCAAACUUGACAUAUCAUGCAGUUGUUAAUAACAUUACAGAAAAGUACACUUACACCAUAUUGCAGUCACAUAGCUUUAACAGCAUUGUGAGUGUUUCAUUGGUGGAAGAGCUCAGCUAUGACCAGACAAAGACAGGGAGGAAUGUAGGGGUACUAAAGCUGUUACUUCAGGGGGAGGAUAGGGCAGAAUUCUGGGUCAG